AUGAAACAGAUUCGACUUUUGGUUUUCACCUGGUCCUUCUUGACCUUUUCUCUCGCCACCUCUCAUAACUUGUCACCUGGUCAUCGGGAAAACUUCGGCCCCGAACUUAAUCACCGAAGAUACGAGGCUCCUUCAAUAAUUCAUUAUGGAACUUUUUCGGAUUUUAGCACUGCCGAUCCUCAAGAAAUUGCGAUAGAUUUCGUUUCUACUAAAUUGCAUCCAAUCGCUAAAUUCAUCGUUAAAGAUUCUUAUAAGUCAGAUCAUAAUGGUGUCACGCAUGUUUAUUUCAAACAGGUCGUCAACGAUUUGAUCGUGGCCAAUGCUGAUUUAAACGUGAACGUUGAUCGAUUUGGCAGGAUCAUAUCUUAUGGCGACUCGUUCGUCAUUCCAAGGUCAAAAAAGACCUCCGCUCAAGAGUUCUUCGGCAAUUCCUAUCGUACUCAAAUUAUACUCGGCAAUGAUGCGGGUGUUGACUCCGUCCUUCUUCCCGGUCGGCACGUGACCAGUGAAGAAGAAUCAUAUUAUCACAUCAACGAUCAGGUUGGUGAGGUUAUCUCCCCCGGAAAAGCGUUGGAAUCUUUUGCACAUUUCAUAAAUAAAGAAAUACCGCAUCCGGAAAAGAUAGAGUACAUGGAAUACAGCAGUCUUGACGGCAGUGAUCAAGCUCUUUUUCUUUCCAAUGUACCGUUCGCUCUCUCCGAUGUGAGAAUGAGUCAAUCUUACAUUCAAUUGGACGAUCAAUCUUUGCAACUCACCUGGGACAUCCAAGUCGAAAUGGAAGAUAAUUGGUAUAAUGCUCAAUUAAACGCUUAUACUGGCGACGUUAUUUCCCUCAUUGAUUGGGUAUCAGAUGCCACGUAUAAUGUAUUUCCUUUGGGUGUUAAUGAUCCAUCAGACGGCAAAAGAGAAUUAUUAGAAGAUCCUUAUGACAUAGUGGCUUCCCCUAGUGGUUGGCACACUCAGGGUAAAAAAAACUUUACAAAAACAGUUGGUAAUAACGUUUAUGCCCAUGAAAACUUGAAAGGGAAGCACGAUUGGGAGGAUAAUUAUCGCCCUGAAGGUGGUGACCUGUUAGUCUUUGAUUUCCCCUUGGAUUUGACUCAGUCCCCAAAGACUUACAUCGAUGCUUCAGUUACGAACUUAUUCUACUGGAAUAACCUCAUUCACGAUCUGUUUUAUCGCUACGGGUUUGACGAGGUUGCCGGCAAUUUCCAACAAGACAAUCAUGGAAAAGGUGGAAAAGGCAAGGAUGCUGUAAUUGCCAACGCGCAAGAUGGAUCGGGAUUUAAUAAUGCCAAUUUCGCGACACCUCCAGACGGUAAAAAUGGUAAAAUGCGUAUGUAUGUUUGGGACGUCGUGAAUCCGUGGCGUGAUGGUGAUUUAGAGUCUGGCAUCAUCAUCCACGAGUAUGCCCAUGGAAUUUCCACAAGAUUAACUGGUGGACCUGCAAACAGCAACUGCCUUGGGUGGGGUGAGGCAGGUGGAAUGGGUGAAGGCUGGGGUGACUUCUUUGCUACUAUAUUACGGAUUAAUUCAACUAUUGAUCGUACGAAAAAUUUUGGCAUGGGUGACUGGGCAAACGGCGGCGAAGGCAUAAGGAAGUAUAUGUAUUCAACCUCCUUGAAAACCAAUCCAGAAACCUUUUCAUAUUUAGAUAAACCGGGAUACUGGGGCGUCCAUGCUAAAGGAGCCGUUUGGGCAGAACUAUUGUACGAAGUAUAUUGGAACCUUGUAGAUAAACACGGAUUCACCUCCGAAUGGUUCCCACCGACCGACAACCAUCCUACAUCUUUGGCCAAAUGGUAUUCCGAGAAAUCUCUCGAGAAAAAAAUCAAGACACCAAAACAUGGUAAUACCCUUGCCCUACAAUUGGUAGUGGAUGCGAUGAAAUUGCAACCAUGCCGACCAUCAUUUAUUGAUGCCAGAAAUGCAAUUAUUCAAGCCGACGAAAUACUAACGGACGGUGAAAAUUCGUGUGAAAUCUGGCGAGGAUUUGCAAAGAGAGGAGUCGGUUUGAAAGCAAAAGUUAUUGGUAGUACUCCAUGGGGAGGCGGUAUCCGAAAAGAGAGCUACACUGUCCCUGAAAAAUUAUAG